CAGGACUGUCAUCCAGAAAAGACUAAAAACAAACCAAACUGAGAAAAAAAUAGAUUGUUGAAUUUGCCAACCUCCUAUCACCCCAACAACGGAAGAAGGAAUGAGACUGUCUGAUGUGGUAUUUGAUGAAGCUUCCAGGGGAUUUGUUUUCUUCUGCUUUGUUGGUGCUGUCAACUUGUCCCGCUGAAAAUAUUCCUGCAUGCUGCAUGACUUGAAGAAGUUUCUUCAUGUUUUUGUACCUGUUUUCUCAUCUAUAAAAUGGGGACAAGAACAGUCUUACUUCAUAGGAAUUUUUUGAGGAUUAAAUGAUCUAGGACAUGCACGUCAAGUACCCAGGAGUACUCAGCACACAGUAAAGGCUUGUGGAGAAAUAGAAAUUAAACAACACUUCUGACUUCCUCUAGCGUCAGCUUCUGCUCCAUCCGAUCCUGGCCCAGAUUAGAACAACAUAUGCUGGCUUUAUCUAAAUUUACCACAGUUUUCCUGCUUUAACAUUAAAGAGUAAGUUACAACGUUAUUGUAUUUGAAGAUAUGUGAAAUUUAAGUGCUCAUAUUUCCAUUUUCAGGUAUCCAAUUUUGAUAGUCUGUAACUUUCUAGUCAGAGUUUAUACUGGGGUCACUGUAGGAACUGGUGGGUUAUCAAGAAGAGUAUAAAACAUAGUUGCUAAAAUAAUUUAGGCAUCUUGGGUAAUGGGAAGCAAAUUUUGCAAAUUUAUUUUCACCAGUUUAGCUCUUCCAGGCCUUCAAAAUUAAAAAAAAAAAAGUCUGGAAUUAGGGGCAGAGCAAUAUUAUGGAACUUAGCUGUGUCCACUCCACCGACCACUAGUAGAGAUACCACAUUUGAGUUUCUCCUCCACAGGCAAAGUGACUCAGAAAGCUGAGGGUAUCUUAGAGGGUAGAGGGAUCUACAGUACCCACAGCAAAUUGCUAUUCAGGUCCCACACUCUGUUCCCUUCUAGUAAACACAAAAUGUGGGGCUCCCUGGGUGGCUCAGCGGUUUAGCGCCUGCCUUUGUCCCAGGGUAUGAUCCUGGAGUCCGCGGAUCAAGUCCCACAUCGGGGUCCCUGUAUGGAGUCUGCUUCUCCCUCUGCCUGUGUCUCUGCCUCUCUCUGUGUGUUUCUCAUAAAUAUAUAAAAUCUUUAACAAAUUAAUAAACACAAAUUGAAAACCUUGUCAUUUCUUUUUAUUUUCUUUCCUAUCUUUUGAAAUGAUUAUAAGGACAAUUGACCUAGUCUAAGAAUGUACACGAGCUUCAAGGUUAUUAUAUAAAAUCCACAGUGCUGUAGGGCUAAUGAAUGUCAGCCCUGUGAGCUACACCCACACAGAGGGAGAAAAAUGCUGUCCGGAAGCCAGCUGCAAACGUCUGGAAGGAGGUAGCUCAAAACCAGGGGUAAGUGAUAUGACAGGGAAAAGGAGGCAUCACCUUAACAAUGGCCACAAAGGGAUGCAAGAUGCCUCAAUCUUCAACCCGAGAGACCAAGUUGCUUUGGGGAUCCUACAAUGGGAGAAUUUCGCAAAGGAAAUGGAAGAGGGGGAGCAAAACGCAUCCAGCUUUGGAGAAAGGAAUUAAACUAAAAUGUCAUGGAAAUAAAAGGCAAGUGUGUGCACUCAAAAAUUCAACCCGACUAGAUGUUCCAGAGGGGGGAAAAAUGUGACUUUGAUAAACCCCAGGGAGUGAGAUUAAAAUAGGAAGCUAGCAAAGUAAUAGCAGGAAUGUGUCUGACCGGGCUCCUGGCCACUCACAAAAUGCAAUGCUGAGAAAAUCCAAAGACUGAGCUUCUCCAAGUAGUUGUUAAUAUGAUAGCAGUGAUUUAUUUUUAACACAGGGAACGAUCAAUGCUCUGCCGAUGCAAAGGUGGAGGUGUCCUCACUCUGUGCUAAUGAACUCUGGUCCUUCCUGUCUGCUGAGGAUUGCAGUAUGCCACGGCGUGCCACGGCAUGCUUCAUUGUUCAAUCAAGACUUUCUGCAGCUGUUACAGAUCUGCCCUACAAACCAGAACUUUGAGUUCGCAGCUGAUGGUGGCUGGCCUUGUGUCCCCGUGGAGCAGAGGACAGAGCACCCGCUCACCUUGUGAAUCCCGUUUCCUCCUGUGUAAAGAGCCUCCUCUCCUCUCACUUUUCAGACCAUAAAGAGCCCUGCCUCUGACUGUCACGCCAUACUGCCUCACCUGGGCUGUAACUGAAAGGAAGCAGAGAUUAAGGCGGGAGAGAAGAUGGAGAGGGUCUGGAAGCUUCAGGGAAGAAAUGGUCAAUGACUGAGUGACUGAGUGAGCGAUUGUGGUCCUCUCAGAGCAGUGGAUUGCCUUUCUAAAGGCUGCCCAUGUCUUCCCUCAGUCAGCUGAAGUUAAAAGCACUCAUUAAAAUGGAUUUCCAGUUCAUCAACCGCAACAAGCAGGUUAACCAUCCAUGAAUUGUUGCCGGACAUCACCAAGCCAUUCCUGGGUUUUUCCCACAGUAAACCUCUGCUGCUUUGGAUUCUUCUCAAUGAUGAAACCAUCAGAGCCAUUUGUCAUACCUUAUUUAGCAGGACCAGAUAAAAAUAUAAGCCUCAGCACAAUCACAAAUGAGAUCUUUCCAAUUUGGACAUACUCUUAUCUGGUGCUGCUGCUCCCCGUGUUCAUCCUCACCGACUACGUCCGCUACAAACCAGUCAUUAUCCUGCAAGGGAUCAGCUUCAUCAUCACCUGGUUGUUGCUUGUAUUUGGUCAAGGAUUAAGAGCCAUGCAGGUGCUAGAGUUCUUCUAUGGGAUGGUCUCUGCCACCGAGGUGGCCUACUAUGCCUACAUUUAUAGCGUGGUCAGCCCAGAGCACUACCAGAAAGUGAGUGGCUACUGCAGGAGCAUCACACUUGUGGCCUACACAGCGGCCUCGGUGCUGGCCCAGCUCCUGGUGUCCCUGGCCAACGUAUCGUACUUUUACCUCAAUGUCAUAUCCUUGGCCUCUGUCUGUGUGGCCUUUCUUUUCUCACUUUUCCUACCAAUGCCUAAGAAGAGCAUGUUUUUUCAUGCAAAAUCCAGCAAAGAAGCUCCUCCAAAGCCACCAGGAAAAGAUGCUUUCUUAGAGGAACCGCAAACGGAUCACAAACCAGUCUACCAAGAACUAUUCACCUUUUCAAGGAACCAAGAUGAUGGUCCAUUGAAUACUCCAAAGCCAGGAAAUGUAACUUUGAGAGUUUUUGUGCAGUGGUUCCAAGAUCUGAAGGGUUGUUACUCCUCAAAGCAUCUUUUUUACUGGUCCCUGUGGUGGGCCUUCUCCACAGCAGGUUUUAACCAGGUUUUGAACUAUGUCCAAAUCCUGUGGGAUUACAAGGCACCAUCCCAAAGUUCUACAAUCUAUAAUGGAGCAGUAGAAGCCCUGGCAACCUUUGGAGGGGCUCUGGCUGCCUUCACAGCAGGCUGUGUGAAAGUCAACUGGGAUCUCCUGGGAGAGCUGGCCCUGGCGAUAUUCUCAGCUGCAGAUGCAGGUUCUCUAUUUCUCAUGCAUUACACGACUAAUAUUUGGGUGUGCUAUGCUGGUUUUUUGAUCUUCAAGUCAAGUUACAUGCUUCUCAUAACAAUAGCAGCAUUUCAGAUUGCUGUUAAUCUCAGCAUGGAACGCUAUGCCCUGGUGUUCGGAAUCAACACCUUCAUUGCCCUGGUGAUCCAGACUGUCAUUACUGUAGCUGUGGUUGACAACCAGGGACUGGGGCUUCCGGUCAGCAUACAGUUUUUAAUUUAUGGGAGUUAUUUUUCUGUUAUUGCUGGAAUUUUCCUAAUGAGAAGCAUUUACAUAAUCUGUUCAGCCAAAUGCAGAAAGGAACACUGUAGGUCUACUACUGGUCAGAAUCCAAGCGAACGAGAAGACUCAAUUUCUAAUGCAAACACAGUAACAACACAGUUUUAGCCUGAUCUCUCCUACUUACCAUGGACUCAAAGGAUGGAUGAUUCUAAAAAUAUAUGGUGCUACACUUCACAGCAUUUUAAUUGUUUGUCCUAGAUUAAGAUACCAUAAAAGAGAAGGAUUAUCAUCGACACCACAUCAAAACCUCAGCUACGGGCUGGUAAACUGAGAACAACCAAAAACCGAAGUCAACAAGUUGAGACCAGCCAUCUUUAUGGCCUCAGUGAGCAACUGGGAUCCUAAAUACUGUUUUAACACUUUCAAGUCCACUGCAAAACGACAUGGAAAUCAACAAAUGGGACCAUCCAAGAACAAAAACAUGAAAUAUCAUAGAGUGAAUGAUAUAUAUAUUGGCUGUCUGUCCCCAACCUCAUAAAAGUGUGAUUUGUUUUGACUUGGGGAGUAGAUAAAGAAAUUUCUAGUGCAGGCCUGAUGCAUACAUAGUAAAUGAUCAACAUGUGAUGACCAUUAUUAUUAAACUCGUAUACUACCAAAAAAAAAAAAGUUAGAAUGGGGGAAAUCUUUUAAUUCCUACAAAAUGGGCCAAAAAAUUAAGGAAAAAAAAUUUAUUAAACUUUUCCAUGAUCCUACACGAAAAGACUGGAUAAUGUCAAGAUUUCAAUUCUUUUCAAACUAGUUUAUAAGUUUGUUGCAAUUUGUGAGUCUUCUGUGUCAAUGUGACUAAGCCAAGUCCCUUAUUUAUUCAAACAAGUACUAAUCGAGGUAUUGCUGUGAUGUAUUUUGCAGAUAUGAUCAAAGUUCACGGUUGACUUUAAGGGAGAUUACCCUUGGGAUGCCUGCGUGCCUCGGCGGUUGAGCAUCUGCCUUUGGCUCAGGGCGUGAUUCCAGAGUCCCGGGAUCGAGUCCCACAUCAGGCUCCCUGCAUGGAGCCUGCUUCUCCCUCUGCCUAUGUCUCUGCCUCUCUGUGUGUGUGUGUCUCUCAUGAAUUUAAAAAAAAAAAAAAAGACAGGGAGAGAGAGAGAGACUACCCGAGAUAAUCUGGAUGAGGACAUGCCUAAUGGUUCUAGUCUACCCAUUCUGAUAGCCUGCCCUAUGAAUUUUGCAUUUGGCCACCCCAGUCCCCACAAUCAAGUAAGCCAACUCCUUGAAGUGUUUUUGUUUUUUUAAAUAUAUCUCUCCACUGGUUCUGUUUCUCAGGUUGAAUCUUGAUUGAUACAGAUUUCAGUACCAAGUUAGUGGUUGUAGAGGACAGAUUUAUAAGAGCAAUGAAACUUUUCUGAAGUUUCUGGAACUGGUUAUCUGAUCUAGUUAGAUUUAAAGCCACUAUGAAUCUGUUUCCAGUCAUAAAGAAGGCACUAGUAAUCAUGGCAUGAUGUGGUUUUAGACACACAAGUAUCACGAUUGGACACUCUUAAUCAAAUACUAUAUUAGUUUCUUAAUGUUCUUAUAACAAAUUACCACAAACUGAGUCACUUUAAACAACUUCUUUUUUCACAGUUCUGGAGGCUAGAGAUCAAGGUGUUGUUAGGGCCAUACUUUCUCUCUGAAUACUUGGUCUAGAGAAGAUCCUUCCUUGCCUCUUCCUAGCUUUUAGCAGUUGCUGGCAAUUCUUACCAUUUGGCUUGUAGACACAUCACUCCAAUCUGUUCCUUUGUUGUCACAUGAUAUUCUCCUUAUGUGUCUGUGUCUCUAUGUCCAAAGUCCCCCUCUUAGCAUAAGGAGAUCAAUCAUAUUGGAUUUAGGGUCAACCCUAAUAAAGUCAUAUUUAUAAGUUCUAGAUUAAUAUUAAUUUAGGGAGUGGGGAGAUAUAAUAUUCAACCUAGGACAAAUACCUAUAGAAAGUAAGGUUCAAAAUUGCUGUGUAUUUGUCAACUUAGACUAUUUUAGUUAAACUAAAGAGAAUAAUGGAAUUGGCUGGUUGCUCCUGACAGAACUGAAGACAAUAAGGGAGAAAAGAGAAUGAGCUCAGGAUUUCAAAUUCCCAGCUCAAGCGCUGCAUUCAUGACCUGAAAGCUCUAAUAUCUUCCCUGAAAUAAACCCUUAUCUCCUACAGCCACAGAGCUGAGAUUUCUGAUAACCAAACCCAAUGUCUCACUCUUCGAUUGGCUGAUUUACAAAGCAAAAUGAACUCCUAACCUUGCGAGGUGUCUUCUGAUAAAGUAAGGACAUUCACUGGAAAUGAAUGGAAUCCUGAAAACUGGAAUGGAGGAGACAUAUGGUCCGAUUUCAAUAAAGCUGGGAACAUCUAAGCCCUAGAUCUGCCAAGUCUUUGCCAUUAGAAGCAGCCCUUCCACCCUAGCCUAAUAUGUAAGUCCUGUAAUGGCAUCCACUGAGGUAGCAAGGCAUUGCUCAGUCUCAUCAGACCCACUCCUACCACCCAUCUUUGCUUCUAAACCUAGAACUAGACCAAAAGAUAAACUACAAAAUGUGUGGAGAUGCAUUAAACUCCAAAUGAGCUACAUGAUUCUCCCAGUUUUUAUAGACAGAAAUCUAGAUAAUAUGUGUGGGAGUGGAUCUUAAGAUUGUUGGGAUCAUGAUAGAAGGAACAUAAAGUUGGAUCAAGCAAAAUUUGUUGAUAUGGGCUGCCAGUUUGGUUGGUUAGCUGAAACACCAGGCCACAGUUGGUCUACACUAAAUAACUUGAAAUGCCAGAACUGCCUUGGUAUGCUACAGAGGAAAGUAUUCAAAAAGGGAAAUUAAAAAAAAAAAAAAAAGAAAAAAAAUUUUAAAAAAAAAGGGAAAUUACAAUGUUAGAGUAGAUUCAUCAUGUGGAUUUGUUCACUCAGCUUGAGAGGAUCCAGAAGAUGCAUCUUUUAACAUAACUGUGAGAAUACAUUUGUGAGAGCAGCCCAGCGUUCUAGAAGAACGCUGUGGUUGCUUUGCUCUGUAGGUCAAUAAUUUAAGUGCGAAUAGUUACCAAUGAACUGAGAUACUUAAACACAAUGGAGAUCUUGGGAUCCUAGUGUGGCAUGGGCCACCAGGAGGCACUUAGUUGCUAAAGACAAGAUGGAUAUGGUUACCAUAAUGGACAAUGGAGCUAAAGCAGCCGUCAGAAUAGUCUAACUCACAGAGACAUGUGGUGUUGGCUACUUGGUAUCCCUAGAAAAGAAAUAAAUGAACUGUUUACUAAACUCUUACUUGAUCUGUAUGAGCAAACACGUUCUAAUUAAUUGAAGCAACUCGAUAUUCAGGAACAGUCGUAGUGGAACACGCUACCAUUGUUUCAUGGUAAUUUGGAGUCCAGUGUUUUCUGUAGAGUAAAGGUUGCCUGAAGUUUAAUCCAUCUAGAGAUAUCUGGAAUUUAAGUCCAAAGUGAAUAAUAACUUUGAUGGUAGUAGAAAGAAAUCCUUGGGCAUAUGAGGCAGCCCCAUUGGGAAAUCUUCAAAAAGAAAUUUUUCAGAUUAGAUAUCAUGUUAAGACAAACUACUUCAGCUUCUAUUCUGGGACUCUGUCUCUCUCUGUUGUGUGCUAAGUGAACACCUGAUAUCUAUCUUGCAAUUCACAUAUUCUCUCUUUGAUGGUGUUUUAUUUUGUUGCUUGAGUUUUUAUUUCAAUUUAUAUAUUUUUUUAUUCCCAGGAUUUUUAUAUCAACCUAUUCUUAUUUUGUUUUUACCUGCAGUUUCACUAUAAAUCCUUCUUUUUUUUAAUGGAAGUCAUUCUCUUAUUUGUUGUUUUAAGGAUGCAAAAAAUAUUACUUGAAAGAUACAGUUAGUUCUAUAAAGUCAAUUUCAUCUGAAGUGAAUUUAUGUUCCAAGUUUAUUUUGCUGCCCUUUCGUAACAUUCGAUGUUUUCAAAUAUGUGUUAGUUAUUUAGUGUUGUAUAACAAAUUACCCCAACCCUUGUUCCUUAAAACGCCACACAUUUAUUAUCCCACAGUUUCUGAGUCAGAAAUCUGGACACACCUUAGCUCUUACAGGCAUUCAAGGUGUUGACUGGACUGUUACCAUCUCAAGGAGGCAGGGCAUUGACUGGGGCAUGAUGCAUUCCCAAUUUCAUGUAAUUGUUGGAAGGAUUCAGUUCCUCAUGGCUACUGAGCAGAAGGCUUCAAGUCCUUGCUAGCUGUUGAUUGGAGACUGCUCUCAGUUCCUGGCCAUGUGGGCCCCUCCAACGUGUCAGCUUGCUUCAUCAAAGUGCACAAGCCAAGAAAACAAAAACUGGCUUGAAAAUGGAAGUCACAGAUUUUUGUAACCUAAUCAAGAAUGUGGCAUCCUGUCACCUUUGUGGUAUUCUCUUCAUUAGUCACUAGAUCUAGCGCAUACUCCAGAGAAGGUGAUUUCACCAGAGCGUGAGCACCAGAAGGCAGGGAUUUGGGGAGCCAUGUUAGAGGCUUCCUACUACAAAGAGUUUUUGAAACUUUGCUAACUUGCUUUAAGUGAGAGGUGUUUUAUUUUCAUAUUCAUUUCUCUCACUCCCUCUUCUUACCUCAGCCCUCACCUUGGCUUCUACCUGUCUAGAAGUUUUGCAGUUAUGUAUUCCUGCCCCACACUCAUGCCCCAGCCCAUAGUGUAAUUAGAUGUCAUAGAUCAUUCUCAUGCCUAUAGAUGGUUUAAGUCAAUUUGUGAUCUUGAGACUAUGUGCAUAUGUCUCUGGUAGGCUCCAAUCUAUAGGCCAGAGCUCCAGGCAAGAGAGAGUCAUAGAAUUUUUCAAGACAAAGGAGGCCUCACCUUGAUACCAAAUCUCAAAAGCAAGCCUGGCUAUAUCAUCCCCUCUCUGCAUGGAAUCUCUGAUCUCCGGGAUCAUAUUCCCACUCUCCACAUGCCUAUAGCCCACUUCUGGACCCAGACCCCAGCAAGGCCACUGCUACUGCCUUGCGUUCUGCAUUUCUGUUCUGUGUUUUGGUCCACAGAGAUAUUUAUCUUGUUUUUGAGCCCAGCUAUGUGGUUAAUUUAUUUUAUUGGAACAUGUUAUGUGCCAUACCUUCCUCCCUCCACUUUUUGCACAAAUGCAUCCAUGUGUAAAAAUACUGAACCAUCGUGAUCCCAAAUCUCCUCGGCCUAAGGUCUCUACCGCUAAUAAAACAGCAGAAUCUCCACAGUGGGAGAAAGCUGUAGAAAAUAAUUAGAAAAAGAAAAAAGGAAAAGAAAGGACAAGGAGGGGAGAGGAAGGGAAAGAAAAAAAAGAAACUGGAAAAGAAGGAAUAGGGAAGGAAGAAGAAAAGAAGAGAUUAUCCCUUUUGUGAACAAAAUUGAAGCAGUGGAAGAAGCGACAUCCUCCCUUAAAUAAGCAUUGAAAACUCCCUUUCCCCUGGGCUUCUUCGUAUUUAUUACUUCUGCUGAAGGUAGUUGAGAAGACAGAGGCACUGGCAAAAUUUAUGGCAACCUAAUGCAUUUUAUGUAGAAACAUUUCAAAUGCCUGUUAUUGAACGUCACGCUGUACUGAAACAGUUGUAAGAAGAAAACUGCAUACACCAAAAAACAGAAAGAGGAGAAGAAAGAGAAUGAAUAUGUCAGCAAAGGAGACCCCAUGGAAAGCCUAAAGGGUCUCAGACCCACCAUUAAAUUUUGUAUUUUGGGUCCCGAUGGGAAUGUCCGUGGAGAGCUUGAGGGGCUGCCGCUGAAGAGCCCUGUCCUUUCAUCAAUACACAGGGACUGUACCUCCCGGGGGUGGGCACACUGGGCUGAAAGGGGGGAGGGGGCUGGGAGGAGAGUGACAUUUCACUGUAUGUGGGGACGGUGAUCCCCAGAG